AUGGAGAACCCUUCGGCACCGCUCGCGGACUACUUCUGGAUUGCGGGCGUCGCGUCCGUGUCCUACCAUGACCUUCCACCUCCAGCCUCUGCCACUCAGGUAGAAGCUACCAUUACUGAGGAUCACGAGCCUGACGAGGACCUACCCGACCCAGCCGCUUCUCUAGCUAACAAAAACAAUUCUAGACACUCCCGUCAGAACUCUAGCAACAGGCUCUCCAAGAUUUCUACUAGUUCGAUCCAUACACUUGAGGAGCUAGAUGGGAAUACUAGGAGUAAUAGAAGCAGCGCCACGAUUAGGCCAAUCCCGCUUCCUGGAGCCGCUGGCCAUGAAAACCUCCUCGGCGAUUUCGACUUCGACAAGGCCCUUGUGAAGUUCGCCGCGGAGAGAGAAAACUUCUUGGAGGAUUUAAGCUUUUCAGCCGGCGCCAAAACGCAGUCACGACCGCCAAUGAUUGUCCCCCGCGCAGAAAGGAUAAAAGCCGACGAAUCUUCCUCCGGAAGGAUGAGCCCCAUGAAAAGCAUCAGGGGGAGCAUCCGUGGUAGCAUCAGGCGGAAGAUAAGCUUCAAGGACAUGAACAGCGUGCGAAAGCAGCCAUCAACCCCGAGACCUGGUAUGGACCCUUUUCGCAACCCAGACCGAAGGACUUUCUUAAGAGAGUUGGCAGAAGGACUACCUGCAGAAAUUUUCGAUCAUGAUUGCAAAAAAGAUUCGGCAUUAUGUACUGACUUUUGUAAACUAGCUUCAAUUCGGACUACCAGGAGAAUGAGUAGCUACAACUCUGUCAUCCCUCCACCCGAACCUCUUAAUCUCGACCCGGAUAUGCACCCCUUAAAACGACGAUUUGAGCCCGAGCUCCUAGACCGAUAUCCUCCUCGAGACGACAUGGAGGGACUUAGUAAGAGGGGGAGAUUUCCAGAUUACGUACCGAUGUUCGCAUUCCCCAAUGACAUACACAUAGUGUCGUCAGAUGAGAGGCCGCGGUCGACUUGGCAUGGGUUCACGAUGACAUCGGACGACAACUCCAAGAUCUACGGUGUGACCAUCAUCGUAUGGACAGCACUUACUAUGGAUGUAGCGGAAGACAUCGAAAGACGUUGCGAGCGUUGGAGGCAGAGGCACAUGACGGAGGAGGAACGGGAGCUUGCGGGCAGCCUCGGGGCACGUCUCGCUGCAGAACGCGCGCACUUAUCGCAACUGCUUGCCAAGCUCCCUACAAUACCAUCUGGGUCCCAAGCCCGCGAGGCACUUGACGAUCAGAUCAGUGCGGUAGAGGAGAAGAUUAGUUUGAUGACGGAAAUGUUACGACCCCUGAGACACGGCGCCGCGUCAAAGAUAGAUGGCUUGACAGCGGGUGAAAGUGGCCUCUGGACACCUCGAGCGUACGGCAUCCUUGGAAGAGAUGCUACGAGAGUCGGCUUCUGGAAGGAUUGGCUUCGGGCUGUCAUUGUACCAAUGACAGAUGGUGGGGUUCUACGCAUACCUCCAAGCUCUCCACGGGUGGGUCGUUGGCAACCACUAGAACGAUACGUGGUUAACCUGUGCACUGAAGCAUUCAGCCCUCUCGGUUCUAAAACCCAAGUUGAGAUCGGCGUGCGCGAGUUACGUCUGUAUGCGCGGAAGGAGGCCAUCAACGAGCUCCCGGGUUCUCGCAAUACUGAUCUUUACGCCCUAUUCAGAUCCCUCUCCCUGGAGAAUAUUGUCACCCUUUUCGAGUAUGCGAUGUCAGAAUCUCGGAUUAUCUUCCUCUCUUCACAUACCGCGAUGUUACAUCUGGCUUCCCACGCUCUAGCCAGCCUAUUGUACCCAUUAACCUGGGCGAGCAUUUUCAUACCUAUCCUACCGGCACGACUUAUCUCUGCUCUUGAUGCGCCUUGCCCUUAUAUCGUUGGUAUUGAGCGGAGAUAUGAUAACAUCACGCUUCCCGAUGAUGAUUAUGUCCUGGUUGAUCUCGACAAGGACACGAUUGAUUCGACAACAUUACCAGUCCGUCUCCCAAAGCAGCAUCGCCGGAAGCUUCUUUCGCUCUUGCAAUUUGCGGCGCCGCAUAGCCUGCGUUAUGGUGUCAUGACGGGACCGCCUCCUUAUGCAAUUGAGUCCUUCCCUUACGAUUCAUUCUCCGUUGAGAAUAGUACUCUUGUCAAUGAAAAGGCCGUACCAAGUGCGCUAUAUAAAUGGGUAGCACAAAAUUCCUCGUCUUUCGGGGAGCCCGAGCCAGCUGAUUCCCUCCAGCCGCCUGUGUUCAACGCCUUCUUGCACGCAAAGCCUGGGGCAGAGAGACCUACCACUAGCAAAUCAAACAAGACCAGCCCUCCGUCAUCAGUGUCGCCUGUGUCUGUAAAUUUUCCGCCUAUGCCAGCUACACCAGUUUCCAGAAGCGACUCUGGAUAUGCGCUAUCAAACACGUUGAGAGAGAAGAGGUCGGGUCAUUUCGAGAAAGAAGGUCGGCGCAGUUCAUCUUUCAACCACGCCCCUGUUCACCGACCCCACGCCCAAUUCUUCAAUGGCCACCAGUCAAACCUGUCCAUCUCGGCCAUUUCGAUCGAUUCCCAGUCAUCUUACGGUGGUUAUGCCCCGUCAACCUACGCCCAGUCAACUCUGGCAGCCUCUACUGUAAUGCCUAACAUGCUCGUCCAGCCCGUGGAGAAUACCGACUCUACGAUGUGGGUCGAGGGGCAUUGCUUCAAUUACUGUGACAAUGACGCAACCUCAACCUGUGCGAUUUGCGAUGAGCGCUGCGAAGGUGAUGGAUGGUACAAGUGCUCUGGCUGUGGAGCAGUCUCGCAUGGACGCUGCCUUGGAUGUGUUUGUCUCGUAUGUCCAGUUGCUUUCAAUGCCGACAAGGUUCGGGCUUCUUUCGUUCGCUGUCUUGCAAGUUUACUUUACACGUACCGCAAAUACUUGGGCAGACCAACAAAGGAGCAAAAAGCUAAUGGCCAGCUUUACGGAUUUGAUAUGAAUGGCUUUAUCAAAAGCUUACCAUAUGACCAGCAAGACUACGUGACGAUGAUGAAGGAGACGCAAGCAUUCAAUGAGUUCAUCCACGAGCGCGAGACGAAGCCUGCUACCAACCCAGAGAUUCGGCUUUUUGAUGAUAUUAUUCUUGCUAAGAAAGCUCGUGGCAAAACCAGCCUGUCCUCGGGAUUGUCACGCCUCUCGACAAUAAGGGCCUCGCAUGGCGUCUCGACAUCCUUAACUGGCCUCCAGAUACCGUCGAGGCAUAUGAAACCAACAUCCUUUUUAACUGACACAUCUGACCACAUAUGGAGGACUGCUUGUGUUCCUGUGCCAAACUCGAAGUUUGACGGGGAUUACCAUUCAGUGACAACAAGGAUGCCGACUCGGCUAGACCCAUCACUGAUGAAGGAACCUCGUGCUAUCCAGGGUGUACCACACCCCGAGCAACGCAGAAGGGGGGUAAUGAGGAAGCAGGUCCCUAGUAUGAUGAUACCUAACUCUCCUUAA